AUGAUACGGAAUAUUAAUGGGGCGCCUGUUAAAACUAUUAAAAAUCGUUUCAUAAGACGGAAAGAAUUUUUCGAUGCCAAACCUAACCACGAUGCGCCAUCUGUUAUCCCAGAUAUAACUCAUUCGCUCGUCGAACCUUACGUUUGCAACUGUGAAUUGCCAGCAGAAAAGAAAAAAAUUUCUAUAAUUCAUAAGGCCAAUAAAACCCCGGGAGAAGAUGGUCUUCGGGCUCUUUAA